AUGGCGUCCAAGGUCGCGCAGAAGAGGCUCCAGAAGGAGUACCUCGCGAUGCAGAAGGCGCCGCCGCCUUUUAUCUGGGCGCUGCCCGAGGAGAGGAACAUCCUCGACUGGCACUUUAUCAUUCGUGGACCACCUGACACGCCGUACGCGGGAGGCGAGUACCACGGCCUCAUCUGGUUUCCCAGCGACUACCCCUUCAAGCCGCCUGAUGUUAAGAUGUUCACGCCGACGGGUCGCUUCGAGUGUGGUGCCAAGAUCUGCAUGAGCAUGACCUCCUAUCACCCCAGCACGUGGAAUGCAGCUUGGUCUGUAGCUACGAUCCUGACAGGUCUGCUUAGCUUCAUGCUUAGUGACGAGAUCACCGCCGGUGCUGUCAAGACCACCGACGCUCAGAAGCGCGAUUUUGCGACCAAGUCGCAUGCGUUCAAUCUGAACAGCAAGAAGUUCCGUGAUAUCUUCCCGAAGGUGAGCCGAAAGUCGCAUCGACAUGGGGCAGCAGCCGUCUGCUUCGAAGUGAAAGGAGGUGCGCCAGCCGCUCUUGACACGCCGGUGUCCUCUGGACGCUCGACACCCGCAUCCACCAGUUCCAAUACUCGCACGCAGUUCCCCGCCGUCAAUCCUCCCAAUCCCCCCGAAACCCCAACUCUAGCCGAUGCCCAGCAUGCACCGCAACAGGUCGUGCAGCAACGGCAGCUGCCUAACGCCCGCUGGAUCCCUUCAUGGCGAUGGCUCAUUGCCAUUGUCGUCCUCGCUGUCCUUGGUCGCAUCUCCAAAGGACGAGAAUAA